ACCGGGAACAAGUUCUCAACCUGAGUGGCACUCGCUCGCUUUACGGGUGGAUGGAUGGAUGGAUGGAUGACUGACGGACUGACUGACUGGCACAAAAAGGACAGGGAAUGAGUAGGAGGAGGGCGAGAGAAAGAAAAAUAGAGAGCCUUUCAGCCACGCUCCGUAGUAGCUUCUCAAUGCGAGUCAAGGUAGGCUGAAGACGGUCCUAGUGCAAUACAUACAUACAGUAUAUACAUAUACAUUGACACAUUGAAACCUUGAGCACGGUCCAAGCAGUUAGUAGCCAAUGGUCCCAUGCUAUGACUAGUCUGGGUUCCGCAAAUUCUUGCCUGCAAUUUCUGACUCAUCCGUGAAAAGACAGUGAGAAUCGAUACCAUUCCAACUAAGUAUGGGUGCAUUGGAGCACAAUGUGUUCUUCGCUUUCUUGAUGCAAGCUAUGAUCAUAGCAGCCAUUUUCGCUAUAGCAAUUUGUUGGCUCUCAUGUGUGCGAAAGUACUUUAACAUUCCGUGCCUUUUGGAAGAUGAAGCCCAAGAGUCGGAGAGCAAGAAGAAUUUCCCUCCUGAUCUUCCACCCAAUUACAAUGAUGCGGAUCGAUUCAGUCAGCUCGAAAUGAGUCCGGCAGAUGUCUUGUACCCACCUCCCGCCUACAGUGAAUUAAGCUUACCCGCCCUUUUUGAGGGCGGCCUCACACUGGACUCGUCGACUCGUCGGCAUUCGGCUCCGGGUCAACCCGGCGGACGGUUCGAGGACGCGGAGUCGCUCAAUACCACGCGGGACGAAUACGUCCAUCGGAACAGCAUUGCCGUGAUAAGCGACCAUAACGAACCUUGCGGACUGGUUCAAGCCCCGGAAUCCCUCAGUCCCACGUCAAAUUCUUCCUCUCUCCCGACCAAAUGGCUCCGUCCUCUGCUGAGCCGGGUGAGGCAAGAGCGCAAAACCAGUUUGCCUCGAAAACAAACGGACCACGUGUACGUGCCCGCCGGGUUCGACCGUAGUCGCAGCGGUGACGGUUUCGUCUCCGUCGACCUUCAACACCCUCUGGCCUUUCAAAACUCCGCCCUCCAAGUGUCGAGCCCUGAAUCCAUCGAGGAUGUUCGUGGCUCGAAUCGGCGGGCCUCCGUCGCUCUGGCUUCCACGGACAGGAGCCCCCCAUCCGUGAGGAAAAAUCAAGUUCGAGCCACGCGAUCGGUGGGAUCGUUGCGGUCGGGCACGAGUGCGGAUGCGGGUGCGGGUGAAGACCCUAUCGGCGUGUCUUGGCUGGUAGAUGGGCACCCAGCCCCGUUGAAUACGGUGGUGGUGACGAUACACGGUCAAGACGAGUCUCCUGAAGCAAACGGAUUUGGGGGCGUGUCUCUGCCACCCAUUGUCGUCACUGACAGCGAUCCGUAUCAUCACAUUGAGAGCAGCUCGUGAUCUAUUGCCCAUUGCUCACAUUUAUCUAAGAUUGAAAGUACUUCUUCAUCUGAGAACUUUUCGAGCCUAACACUCUGGUUGUUUUUUUCGGCAUUGGAUUGCCGUCGUUGAUUACAAAUUGAAAAAAAAUCGUCGUCAUUAUUGCUUUG